GGAAAAACUGCUUUCUUUGAAAAGCACGAGAAUGAUGAGGUUUCAAGCCCUGAUGGAAAACCCGCUACACUAUGUCGGCGUCCAAAACAGCUCACCCCUCUAAUUGAGAGUAAGUUGUCAACGGACGUUAACUUAAUCUUCAUCGUUAACGUUAAGCCAUACAAAAUAUCUGCUUGCGAAUCGAAGUUUUCUGUCUUCUCUCUCUGACCUGAGUUUAACAUAGGUGUUCUUCUCUUUCAUUUUUCCUACACUGUAUAGUGUAUUAAUUUCAUCAGUCAAAUCUGAGGUACAACCUACUAUGACAUGUUCUUUUCAUCUUCUUUCAUCGAAGGAAAAAUGGCAAACUUUGAAAGUCCAAAUCCAAAGGAUGAAACUGACAGUAAAGUGAACGAUAAUGGCAAAAAGGAAGACUCCUUAAAUGGUCAGCAAGCUAAAGGUAUUUCAGCAUACUCAACACCGAUCAAAAGAAAUGGCCUUGAUUAUUUUAAAACCUUAGAAUUUCGUCUGUUUUAUUCGACAGACAGACAUGGCCACUCUCCAAAUCUUCCUCGUCCUGGCAAUCCUCGACCCCAGACUUCCAACUUUUUUUCUGCGCGUACAGCCUUCUUGUUGGUCACCUUGAUUGCAGUUGCCUUGGCAACAAGCAAGGCCCCUACCGUCAAAAUCGUGAUUAGUGUACCGGCAAGUUUUGUAAAAAAUGGUUCAAAGAUUUUCUUUAAUGAGGAUUUCCACGGAAAGCUGUUACUGUCUGAGGGAUUCAAACGGAGAAAACAGAAUUUUCAACAGUUUGGUAAGUGGUGAUGUAGUAAUGAAAAUAUGAAAAACAUACAUAGAAACAGCGGUGAAUAUUCAACUGAAAGAAGAAGCUUUUUCAGUUGCGAAAAGAAAGCCUGAAACAACCUCGAUCCCGGGGUUCCCACUUUUGCUCCCUUGAACGUCCUGGGGACCAGGUUGAGCCAGAAAAAAUUUUCAGGCUUGUAUGGAAUUUGUACCCUUGACCCCUACUAUACAAGAGCAGCGCUCUAAUUGAGCCAACAAACCCAAAUGAGAGCAGGUCAAUGACAUUGAGUUAGUUCGUUAUAAACCAUGGAAAGGUAAGUGGAGACAUAAAUUCAAAUAAAUUGAAACUCGCUAACAGUAGGUCUGUUUGGAUUAAUCGACUGUUUGUUUGGUUUUGUUUAGCUGUAUCGCAGGCGUCCAACAAAGUGUCUUCUCUUGAUCCUUGCCAUGGAUCAUGCAAGUUUGCUUGUGACGUUCAAAGCAGACAGUGUAUCUGCCUUAGAGGAUAUAAAAUGAAAGGAGAGAGUUGUCAUGGUAUGACAAAUGCUUGUUUUACUUUUUUAUUAUUGCGGUUCGAGUUUUUCUUCAUCAGUUCCCGUUAGACAGAGAAGAAGGGGCGAUAGAUCGCUAUCAUAUAGUAAGGUGGACACCCCUUUGGUAAACUUCACUCGAAGGCAAAGGAAAAACCCUGAAGGAAAAACUCGAAAGUCUUCAAUGUUAUUUUUUGUGCAAAAUCAGUUGCGAGAUUAAUCAGGAGACAUAUUCUCAAGCCCUGACCCUAGCCUUAACUUGUGUUCAGCCUUUCCAUAACAACGAUAAACAUUUAAACCACAAAAAAAGAAUGAAAUAUUGUAAAUACUGCUUACGUACAGAUGUGUACGAAUGCAGCAGCAACAAGCAUAACUGUCAUGCGCAAUCCACAUGCAGCAACACCGACGGUGGAUUUACGUGCACCUGCAAUGAUGGCUAUUGGGGAGACGGUGUUAAAUGUUAUGGUACGUUAAAAUUAGAAGCUUUGAUCGCUUAUAUCCUUUACCGAAGACAAUUUAUUCUGUAGAUGUAAUGUCAGUCUAGAGAACUCGCUGUAACAGAGCAUUUUUUCCCUGUCUACCAUCUUUUGCGCGCACCAGAUAACAAGAAAUGCCUUGUAGCAGUUUAGUAUAUACCGAAAUAAAUCCUCUGAAUCAGAAUUUGGGGGUGAAUUGCAAAUUGCUUCACAUAACUUUACAAUUAUCUAGUACCAAGAGCCAAUCACUCCUUAGAGUUCAUAGGUGUCAGUGGGUUAGAAUGUCAGUCUAUUUUGAUUUGAAAGUAGCUGGGUUCAUAGUGGCUCAAACAAUGCAGCAUGACAGAAAGGCUUCUUAGUCCUCGCUUCCACAUUUUUUUACAUAACAGUUAAAUUUUUGUCACUUGAUACUUCGCUCCUCUCGUUCAUUCUACUGAUCUCUGAUUGGCCGAGAGGUUUUUGGCUCGAUCUAUAAGUCUAUAAAAGGUGGUAAAUAAUUCAUCUAUUUUGUGUUAUUCCUCUCAACCUUGGAGUCAGGUUUGAAUUUUGAUAAUUUGAAACUGGCCUAUUACGUUUCCUUCUAGGUUGUACAAUCAAGCCGUGCCAAGAAGGGUUCUACCUAUCUGCGUCAUGCACCCGAACACGUGACCGAGUUUGCACAGGUUAGAUGUGUUACCUGCUGGCAAAAUAAUUUUCGAAGUAUGCCAUGAUCUGAUAGUCUUUAUCACCCUUUUUUAUCACUGUAUUACUGUGGCAAUGUAGUGUUAUCAUAUACCUUUAACACUUUCACUGCCAGAGUGAAUGAUGGAGCCUAGCGUUUGAGUCGAUGGUCAAAGUCCAAUUAUGUGACCAUUCAAAUGAAAUCUAUUUGGCAAUGCUUUCACUCGGCAAUGUUGUUUUCCAGCAUUUUACGAGUUGAUAAUGUUAAGCUAGCUUUCAGAUUGAUUAGUGCUCUUAAUGCCUAAGCAAGCUGAUUUGACUCAUUUUGUUUACAGCUUGCACCCCCAAAUGUGACGGGACGACAUACCAAGCUUAUGGCUGUGGAUUAACGUUCGAUCGGAAAUGUGUCGGUAAGGAAUCACAGUUCGCCUAAUCGGGUAACGUUAAGAUCAACAUUCUUCGCGUAAUUUGUAUCGAUGUCUUGCCAUUGGAACCAGAAAAAAUUGAAACGUUCAGUUACACAAAACGUGAUCUGUAACAACCCCUAAAAGAAAGUAGUUGUCUCUCAUACGGUUAACGUAAUGCAACGCUAGCUGCGAAAGAAUGUCCUGUGCUCAAUCAACAACCAAUGUACGUCUUGCAACAUGGCCGCUUCAAAGGGUCUAACAAUGGGAAAUUUGGAUGUUUUCUGUUGCAAGAGAAUUGGAGAAAAAUCUGAUGUGACAGCGCCUGAGCGCGCGAAUGCAGUCAUGAUGUUAAAGCCAUUAUUACAUAUUAUCCUAUUUAAUGCUUUAUUUGUUGACAAGACGUUGCGUCAGCGGCCUAAAAUUAAGUAAUUGCGAUUGAAACGAUAAUGAAAAAAAUAAUAACAACACUGAGGAAAGUUUAGACAGACACUAAGGUUCUUUUUUGUUGAUAGUCUAUAUAGCCAGCUAUUAGUUCCUGGGACCAGUUACAUACAUCUUAAAUGGCGUCGGACGUUCAGCUCAUUCAGCGUCUAGUUUGAUGCAACUAGCCCCUGGUCUUACUUUCAGCAUAACAAAGUAUCCUCAAUUUGCUUUAUGUGGCUUCCGUUAUAGAUAUUUCCAGACCCCUAACCUUAGCCAGACCUUCCAAUGACAGUAAUUUGCAUGAAGGUAAUGUGGAACUUUAAUUCUUUUUGCUGAGAUGAUUACGUCAGUUGCCAAAAAAACGUGUGCUGAUGCCUUCUUUUUUAUUUAGUUCGAACAGGUUCCAGACUCGUCGUUCUCAAACCCACAAAAAACAUGGUCCUUCUAGAGGAUCGUCUGCAGUUGGAUAGCCAAAACAUAACCUUUGUACUGAAAGGUAACUCCCCAAACAGGACUCGUUUGAAUCGGAACUCAAGCUUCUACGUAGACUUGGAAAUUGAGCAAGUCAACCUUGUUCCAACGUACACUGAUUAUGAUGCAUGGAAGUCAAAUGAAAAUCUCAAUUUUGUCUAUGUACGUGGAUUUCCAAAAGUCUUCAGCAACUAUUGCCGCUAUCCAGCCCCGAAUCACUACGCUUUAAAACAUAACCUAGAAAAAAAUCGACAGACAAAAGUGUUCCCGGCAAAAUGUUUUGAACACUCGCUAGGUCUCUGCCCAAGCAACACAGCCCCUGGCGAAGUCUACUACUACAGAUCCAUAAACGAUGCAUGUAUCACUGCCAAAGACGCUCGUAUUUGUCGCAAAGCCAACCAGAGCGAGUGUAGACUGAAAGAGGACCCUAGUAAGCUAUAUUGCACGAAUUACACAAAAAUUGUGACCGAUAUAUUCAAUAUCAAAGAGUCUGACUUUGUCGAUAACCCCUUGGAUACAUUUCCAACGAGCUUCUGCAGCGACGCGUAUCGAGCGUGCCUUGUGUGCAGAGAAUUGUGUUCAAAUUGUGACUCUACCUCAAACAGCCAAGGCAGCAGCUCCUGUUCGUGCUGUUUCAAAGGAUGUUUGAGACACUGCAGGAAUUACUACAGCAGGGACUGUACUCCGGAGCCUAAGCAGUGCGCUGAAGGGGAUACGAGCCAGUUUACUCUGUCAAUGAAUACAUCAGUCAAUUUGAAUUUACAGUUCAACUGUUAUCUGGAGCUCAACCCUCCGGAGACACUGUAUUCUCUAAGAUAUCGUGUGCAGCACGAGAGUGGGCGAUUCAUCUCCUCGUGGAUAUCUAAAACCUUGAAAACGUCGCAACUAGACGGCUAUCCUUACUCAAACAUACAAGAAGGAACGCAUCACCUAGACUCAUUAGAAAUAUCACACUCGACAAAUUUUGACACAUCUCCCGUUAUUUACCUUCGAGGCCAAAGAGAGUCUUUAAAAACACCUUAUAGUUAUAGGGUAUCGAGCUUAGUUGACGAUGAUGAUGAAACAUUGGGAAAAGCCGAUGCGGAUAACACCAUACACUUUCAAACUAAGACACCGUUUUCGUUGACUACAAGAUCUUGGAGCAACGGUGAGACCUGCCAAAAACUUGCUGACUGGCCCCAAACUCUUCGCAAACCGUAUAGUAAUCUGAAACCCGCAAAAGUGGAACAUUUAGGCGUGCAAGGAAAAGGCGAGUCCUUGUAUCAGAUACGAGAUCCUCACCGACCUCCUUCGAUGACCGUGAGGAUUUCCGAUGAUGAGUCUCUUUUCAAAUAUAUUUUGAGGAACGCGAGCAUCAGCAACGACGAAACAUUCCAAAGCGUUUUGUCACGAAGUAAUACCAGUUGGAAUUUGAAGAUAUCUGGUGUUUUAACAAGCUGCCCUGGUUUCUUCACACUUCAAGCCAUCGAUGAAGUUGACAGCGUCAAAGUUCUUGAUCAAGAUGUGGUAAUAAUUUGUCCUGAAACCCACUUCAAACUAGAAAUUCAUGUUCCAAGAAAGAAUUCGCAAGACAAAGAAAGAUUGUUCAGUGUAUAUCUGUCUGAUGCAAAACAGAAACUGAAACUUCAGCUAGCCGUUGUUGACCAGCCCUCGAGAAAGGGUAAAGAGCCGGUGAAAAAAAGUGAAGAUGAAAAACCAGAUCCGUGGUUAACCUUAAUGCCUCUCUUUGUGGUUACUGGAUGCAUACUAUUAUGUUUGUUUGCGAUUAUGAUUUAUGCACAAAUUACUCACAAGACUGACGAAGAUGUAAAGGACGGUCCACCCGGGUGGAAAUUUGUCAAAACCAAAGACAUCAAGACUGUAAGAACUGAAAGCAGUGGGAAGAAGACACAACCCAAAGAUCCAAACAGGCUUAAAAGAAGGCAUCUAAUUUUAGUCUUAUUUUUCGUGUCAUUUAGGGUUGUCUAUAGCUUAAUUUUUACAUUCUCGAUGGCGUUUGCGAUUCUGACACUUCUUCACGGACCUAAUAUGAAAAUAAUUGAAGAAUACCAGGAAUUCGUCCAGAGCAAAGUAGACGAAAGCAAUGCCAUUGCUUUACAAAUGGAUCAGCACCGCGAAAAAGAGGCAAAACGCAAUUUAGAGUCCAGUGAAGACAUUCAGAGAUCGUGUGACUUCUAUCUGGGACUACAGCUUCAGUGGCUAAGGUACAACAUGACUUGUUUGAUCCAGGAGAACCACUUAAAAAUGUUUAAUAAGCUGAGCCAGAAAAUUGUCAGAAAAGUAACCGAAAAAAUUCAGGCCUUAAAGAAGAAAAUUGAUCAGCGAGUGAAAGCCUUCCAAGCGAGUACCAGAGGAAAGCUGAAAGACACCAAAGAAAGAUUGAAAAACUAUGGAAGAAGAGUGUACAACAAUGGAUGGUUUGCCUUACCUAAAGGAGCCUAUAAAGUGAAGAAAGCGUUUGGAAGAAAAAGAAGAGAAACAGCAGAAGGCGAUAAUUAUCAAAAGAUUACGCAAUUACUCAACAAGAGUGAAGGAACCACAGGAUUUCGUUGGAGAGCUCGAAAUGCCUUUCGAGUUAGAGUCAAACGCAGCAUAGCUGACAGUUCCUUCAUCGGUUUUCUGGACUUCAUUGGGGCAGUUGAUCAAGAUAAGUUGGUUGAAUAUGAGAAUAACAUCAACGCCAAGCUUCAGUACGCCAAAGAUGGACUGGCGGAUUUUAACGACGUCCUCAAAACAGGAAAGUCCCCUGAACAUCCACUUAGUACCAUACUCAUGUGUCCUUUGCGUUAUAUGCUAAGCUCUGCAAAGAAGCAGUUGAAAAGUGGAAUACAAAAGCUUGCGGACGAGGGAGACGAGUGGAUAAAAGCUAGGACCGAAUGUUUUAGAGGCAACACGAGUGAUUUCUUUGCGGCUAACGAGUCCACACCAGAGUUAAGCGUUAGCGAGACAAAUUCCAGUUUCUUUUCCGAGCGUAUUAGUUACGAGGAAGUGGAUGGCUUAGACGGAUUCGGAAACAUUUCCAGGGUGAAUAAAUCUUCUCUAAUCGAAUCAGCACGGGGAGGCGCCUACUACAAUAUCGAAAAAGGAGAUGUUAUGGAGGAACAGGUGGACAAGCAAAAGGAGGAAUUGUUAGAAGAAGAGGGAAAGUAUAAAAACCUUACUAAGGCGUAUGAUGCCGAUGCAUUUAUAGUCACCAAGAAAGCAGUUUUGGGUGUUCUUGUUGUUAUCGAUAUUCUCCUUUUAAUAUAUAGGGGAUCGAAAACUUACCAGAUGGCUUUCAGAUUAAUUCAAGGGUUCGAAGAAACUGUGAGGCACGAUGAGGAUGAAUUCGAAGAAAAACCACCUGCUAUAAAGCAACGAGCUGAGAGAUUGUUCCGAAGGGUCGUCGACUUCGUAGUCGAGAGAUUCUCUAAGUUCCUCACAUUUUGCAAGACACUUCAUAAAAAGAUUAUGCGAACAAAUCUUCUUCCGAUGUGCGUAAUAAUUGUUACUUCUGGUGCUGUUUUGUACUUGAUUAUUGCUGUUGUUUUCAACGUUAUGAACGUUACGGUUAUUGAAGAACUAGGUGGCUACGAUUUGAUUUCGUCCCGCCUUGAUACCGACUACAACUUUACCAACUUGGCUAUUGCCGAUCAAGUUGACUUUAUAAAUAAUAACGAAAUGCGACUGUACAAGGAGUCGGUAAACGAGACCUUGUCUGAGUAUAAAAGAAUGACAGUGGAUUUCAACCAGGAACAACGAGAACGCAUUGAGCAGUUUAAACGUCAGAUGUGUUCUCUAGAAAAUGACACAGACGCGUGCUUGAAGGGAAUGCCGGAGUUAUCUGCAUCGACUCUGAAGUUUGAUCCACAAACCUGUAUAAUACCCAAACUGGAAGGGACGCCUUAUGAAGAUUACGAUGGAGAAGCUUAUCGUCAACGACUAAAAAAGGAAUCCAAACGGUUUGUUGACGCCGUUCGAAACAUUGUCCUGGAUACCAUAUACUUCAUCGUGAGUGUCGUAUUGUCGAUUAUUAUGAUAGCUGUUCUAUCUUACGGGGUGUUUGUCUUUCUCAAGUCAAGAGGAAUGGUGCGAGUAAAAAAGAUCCAUGUAUACAAGUCAUUGCCCCCAGAAAUUUUGGAACAGUUUCAUCUGACGUCAUCAGAAUAUAUGGACGAACAAGAUGGUAGCAAAACUACAGACGCCGGUCCUAAGAAGUUACAGGUUCCCAAGAUUUUCCUCACGGAAUCUAAAGAAGAUUUAAGAACCAGAGAGUCCGAGGCAUGA